AUGGCCGUGGGUCUGCCCCAGAUGACCACAACCUCUUUCGCACAGCGACUUUCGCUGACCCGCAGUACUUCCCCACCACAAUCACCACUGGUUUCUAGCAAUCAACUUGCCAAUGAAGUUAUCAAGAAGCUUCUUCAACUUCAGUUAGUCAGCAGACUCGAAAGCCUCACAAAAGACGAAUCCGUAUUCGAAGACCGGUCGCCGCCAUUCAGUCCAAUUAAUUUACAAAGUAGUUUUAACUUGGACGCCAACACACAUCAGAAUUCUGGAAGGAGUCUCUACAAGACCGAGAUUUGCAAGCGUUAUCUGAUGAACUCUAAUUCUAGUUGCGAAUACGGCAUCCAUUGCAGAUUCGCGCAUGGGCUGAAGGAACUCCACCUCACAGCUCGCCACCCGAGGUACAAAACAGAGUCCUGCCGGGCCUUCCAACUCACCGGAACCUGUCGCUAUGGGAGAAGGUGUGAUUUCAUUCACAAUGAAACGCCCUACGAGUUGGAAAUCCUACGAACGGAGAAUGCACUCUAUCAAGAGUACUGCAUUCGUCACCCAAACGUCAAACAUGUGACCCUCCUGGAAGUUCUUAGGGAAUUCGCUCCUACUCGACCCGAGCUCAGGGGACUACUGAAGCACAUUGAGACUCAUUAA